UCGAUCCAAGUGCAAAGACGCAUCGGCCGUACCUGAUCAAGCAGUUGUUCGCUCUACGACCUACGGACAUGAAGGCCACCAGCUCCGGAGCUCUGCUCGCCGCCGUGGCGGCGUUCGCGGCCUUGGCCGCGACGGCGGUGGCGACGACCUACACGGUCGGCGGCAUCGACCAGUGGGACACCUACAUCGACUACGACAAGUGGACCGCCGGCAAGACCUUCAUGGUCGGCGACACCAUAGAGUUCAAGUACAUGCCCUAUCACAACGUGCUGGAGGUGACGGAGGAGGACUACGCCGCCUGCAACCCGGGCAGCCCCAUCUCCACCCACUCCGGCGGCGACACCACCUUCAACCUCAACGCCACGGGCACCCGCUACUUCAUCUGCGGCAUCCCGCGCCACUGCCUCAACGGCACCAUGCACGUCAAGAUCACCACCGUCCCCUACGACGCCGCCGCCGCCGCGAACGCCGCGGCCAGCGGCCCCGCGCAGGCUCCGAUCGGCUCGACCCCGGCCGACGCCUUCGCGCCGGGGCCGGCGGGGUACAAUAAGGUGGCCACGGACGGGAAGUCGCCGGUGGCCGCGCCGAGCGACGCGACGCGGUAUCGGCAGCCCGCGGCGGCGGUGGCCGGCCUGGCGUUGGCUGCUCUGGUGGCCCUGGUCGCCUAAGCUAGCGGCGUGCGUAUUUGCGAACAAGUCUUGUGGAGUUGUAUUUAACUUUUCGUUUCUGCUUCUUCUUCUUUUUAACUGCUGUCUUUUUUUAAAACGAUCUUUUUAACUGCUGUCGUCUAUUUAUAUUCGAUAAAUAUGGGUGGUGUAAACUGAGACAUUUACUUCUUGGCAAUUAAUUCCAUUUUGAGGCCGG